AUCAGAUUCAUCACUAAUUAUUUACUUGGAAGGCAAACCUCUCACCCACCGCCCCUCCACCCCCAAUCUUGAAUCCCCGCGAUGCACCAAAUAAUCCCGUCCGUCUUCCUCCUACUUCCCACCCACCACCACUCCGUCCACACAAAUUUUAGAAGAUGAAACCCCGCCCAAUAUCGCCUCCUCCAGCACCUUCGUCCUCCGCGCUCCGCGGCUACUUGGCCCGCGCCACCUCCUUCGUCCUCCUCAUCUCCCUCAGCUACGCCCUCGGCUUCCUCUCCGCCUCCUCCUCCUCCUCCUACUCCUCCAGCUCUCCUUCCCCUCCUACCCGACUCAAUCUCCAAUCGGGAGAUGCCCAGUCGAUCAAUUUAACUGCUCGCCCGAUCCCGACCCUGACCCCGACGCUGAAGGCGAAAGCGGCCGCAGAGACGUCGUCCUCCUCGCUGCCGCCGCACGACCUGCUCCGCUUCCGCACGCGGUGCGCGGCGCCCAUCCCGCAGUCGGAGACUCUGCGGACGAUUAUCGACCGGGUGUUCGACGGGGACGACCCCUUCGCCGGCUUCCCCGCGCCCGACACGGCGGCGCUUCUCCUGGCCCCGGCGGCGCGGCCGCGCGGGUGGGGCUCGCGCGGGGCGGUGUUCCGCGACCUGAUGGCGUCGGUGCGCCCCCGCACCGUGAUCGAGCUGGGCGCCUUCCUCGGCGCCUCCGCGCUCCACAUGGCGGCGCUCGCCCGCAACCUCUCCUUCGCCCCGCCGCCCCUCAUCCUCUGCGUCGACGACUUCCGCGGCUGGCCCGGCUUCCGCCGGCGCUUCCGCCGCGACGUCCCCCGCGCCCGCCACGCCGACGCCCUGCUCCUCCAGCAGUUCAUGGCCAACGUGGCAGCGGGCGCUGCGGGAGCGGGGUCCGGCGGUGCGAGCGUGGUGCCGGUGCCGUUCUCGACCGGCUCGGCGCUGGAGGCGCUGUGCGAGUGGGGGGUGUACGGGGACCUGAUCGAGGUCGACGCCGGGCACGACUUCCACUCGGCCUGGGCCGACAUCAACAGGGCCUAUGCCGUGCUCCGCCCCGGCGGCGUGCUCUUUGGACAUGACUACUUCACCGCCGCCGACGACCGCGGGGUGCGCCGCGCUGUGACGCUCUUCGCCCAGGUGAAGGGACUCAAGGUCCGUCCGCACGGCGAGCAUUGGGUGCUCUCCCCCAAGCCCAACUCCGAUGACUACUAGCAUCCUUCCUUCGUUUCUACAUCAGAUUUAUUGAAUCAAAUUACAAAAUUCGGCCGGCCGGCGUUCUGAAUGAAUCAAACCAAAAAAUUCUUUCGGUACAAAUCCAGUAUAUAUACGAGCUUUUUAAGCCUUUGUGGUAUGUACAGUACAGAGAAAGAAAUAUAAUACGACCGACAGAGAUAUGGUCGUCGUAGGGAGGGAAAGAAAGAAAAAACAUAAAAAUAGGAAUAAGGUGGGGGUGAUGAUAACCAUAACCAAACAUGAUUGGGAUCAUCAUCUGCACAUCAAUUGGUUAUGUAGUAGUAUGUAUGUGGGGACUGUAAAGCGCGAUUGCACUUCUUACCUAAUAAUAGAAAGCGUAUCAUGUUACUAAUGAAGGAAAUUAAGUAUGGUUAUGGCCUCACAUGGCAUGUUGAGUUUGAGAUUUA